GUCCUCGGCGAGAAGCAUCCCGACAAGGCCCGGAGCAUGGCGUCACUGGCCACGACGUACCACGCCCAGGGGAGGUACGAGGAGGCGGGGAGCACCAAGGUGGAAGUGUUGGCACUGCGGCGCGACGUCCUCGGCGAGAAGCAUCCCGACACUCUCCAGGCCAUACACGACCUCGCCAUUACCUGGAAUAGCCGACAGCGACGUCCUGAGGCG